CAGACAGGGGCAGCCUCUGAGUACUUGGCAUUUGGCCGCGGUCAGCCCCUGUUCUCGGCGCGGUGCUGGGCGCUAGGUGGCACCUGUUCCCCCUCAUACAACUCUUAUUUUUAUUUGUUAGGCAGCAACUGGUUGAUGUCAAUGGCGGCAUCUUGGUGAGAGCCGGGAGAGGCAGAAGAUGGCGCAAAGAGUGGGGGAGGAGGAACAGGGAGCCUCCGGGCUGAGGAGAAGGAGAAGCGGAGCGCGGUGUGUGGAGGCCAGGGAGAGAGACGAGCAGGUCCGGGAGGUGCAGGAGAUGUUACAGCGGGGCCUGAGCAGCUACGAGCCGGUGCUGAGCUACGUGCAGGCCGUACUGGUGUGGGAGAGACCCCGGCACAGCGCGCUGCUCCAUCUGGCACUCAAUGCCGCUUUCUGGUUUUUUGCCCUGACCUCUCUCAGAAUCAUAUUUUUGGUAGCAUUUGGACUAAUGAUAAUCAUUUGUGCAGAUCAGUGGAAGAACAAACUGUGGCCUGAACUGGGAGCAAGAGCCAGUGAACUGGAGAAUGAAAGCUGGGGCUAUGUGCAUCCAAGGCUGCUCAGCGUCCCAGAGCUGUGCUAUCAUGCAGCUGAUACAUGGGUCAGUGUCUACAACUUUUUAAGGAAUCUUCUGCUCUUCAAAACUGAAAAUCCGGGCAAGUUUUGCCUUUUGGCCUGCAGCUUUCUGACUUUCCUAGCUGUUCUUGGUGGAUACAUUCCUGGUGUUGUGCUGUCAUAUUUGCUUUUACUUUUUCUUCUGCUUUGGCCUCUUGCUAUAUAUCACCAGCUGGGGCGGCGUAUAUACCAGAAGCUGGAGCCAGCCCUGCAGCGGCUAGACUUCAGUGUGCGUGGCUAUAUGAUGUCCAAGUAUAAGGAAAGGCAAAAGCAUAAUCGUGCCCUUCCUCCAACUGAUGCUAGUGACAGUGAAGAAGAGCUUGCAGCAUUUUGUCCUUCGCUGGAUGAUUCAGCAGUAGCUAAAGAACUGACCAUUUCCGACUCCGAGCAUUCAGAUGCAGAAGUUUCCUUCACUGAAAAUGGGACAUUCAACUUAUCCAGGGGCCAAACACCUCUUACAGAAGGUUCUGAAGAUUUGGACCGCCACAGCGAUCCAGAGGAGUCAUUUGCUCGUGAUCUCCCUGACUUUCCUUCGAUAAACCCAGAUGCAACGGGAAUAGAAGAUGAUGAUGAAACUAGCAUUGGCAUACCAAGCACAGCUCUUCACCCGCAAUUCUCCUCUCGCCAGCUGUAUGAGGAGCAAGAGUCACUGGAUGCAGAGCUGUCACUGGGCGGAUUUCCGAGCACUCAGAACAUAACGGAAAACAUUGCUGGAUUUGUGACCAGGGGCAUGAUACAGCUGGCACUUGCAGGGGCCAGCCAGCAAACCCACGCUUAUGCUGAAAGUCCUAGAGCCAAACAGUAUCAGAGAAACUCCAGCUCUGAGCUGGACACUGACGCAGAAGCCGAUGACUUUGAACUACUUGACCAGUCUGAGUUGAGCCAGAUGGACCCAUCGAGUUCACAUUCCCACCAGUAACGCAAGCAAUCAUGAUGGGAUAAGGGCUGGAAGUUCUUCCUAACUACACAGAAAGCUGCGUUUUAUUGUUAUUACUAUUGGUGGUUUUGGAGGUUUAUUUUUGUUUUGCCCUUCAGGAAUCUUAUUUCUGCCUCCUCAUUGGGCUCAGGCGUGUGGACUUCAUUUCUUAUUGCAGACUGAUAUAUCGUCUGCCGUUUUAUCACUGUGAAGUCUGUACCAGUAGUGAAUCUAGAAUAAAUAAAUACACACUAUUUUAAAGGUGAUUUCUACAGGAUAAGGAGAUCCAUUUGUUAAGUAGACGUGUAAUUAUUCUUUGGAUUCAUAAACAACUAGUGUUUUUUUUUUUUAAAUUGUAUUAAUUGUGUUGCCCAUUUAUCUGUUUUUACAGACAAAAUGUUCAGUGUUUGUUAUCCUAAUGGUAUAACGGAGAGGAAUGUGAUAUCUAGUUCCUAUGGAUUUGCACUGAUAAAAUCUUGCUUUAGCACUUAAAAAGACCAGCAAUAUGAACAAAUGAGCAUUAUUCUUUUGAAGGUUUUCAUUGAAGCAAUGAUGAUUUUUUCUGUUGACUAAAUAAAGUCCCACCUGGUCUGAUAUAUUCAAUAGGCUGAUGGCACAUGGGGCGUUUAUUCUACCGGUAUAUUUCAGCCAGCGGUAAAGUGACGGCAUCUACCCACGCAGCCUUUCAUCCAUUUAAAUGGGAAACAUCUGACUGCACUGGUAUUGGCUCCAGUUAGGUCUAACACUAGUCCUGGCACUGUAGUGCGUUCACUUUGAACUAAAUACAUUGUGAAAUAUUGUUUUAUAUUCUGGUGUUUUGGGAGAAGAGUUAUUGGCUUUUCUGUGCUUUAAUGGGGGAACUUAUUUCCCGGUGCACAUCACACUAAUUCUGUGUACUUCAAGGAAAACAACAGAAGCCUCUCUUGCAUUAUGGCAGGGUUUUUAGAUACACGCUCUGGAUCAGAGUCUGUGUCCCAUAGGACUAAAUAGGAACAAAUACCCUUUAUCUUAAUUGGUGAAUAACAUUUACUACACUGUGGCUUAGAAUGCCUGCAAAAGAGAGAAGGAGGGCUAGUUGAGGAUAUGAAACAGACACCUUAUAAUUAUAAUUCAUGUAAGUGCAGGGCCGCCGCUCCCUAUAAGCAGAAUACUCAGUCUGCAUAGGGCACCAACUCCCAGGGGGGCACCAUCCCAGCUGCUCCAAAAAAAAACAAAACAUUUUUAUAUAUUAUAACAUACCCCCCAACAAUGUCCCACCGGUUUUUAUAGCGCAUCCCGCUGUCCCGGAUAGUUCAAUCAAUCUAUGGGGGCUAUUGGGGGCAUUGUCUAUGGGGGUAAUUGGGGGCACUGUGUGUGGGGCCCCUAUAGUAGGUGUUUUUUCUUAGUAUUUUAUUUUUACUUACGUAAUAUUUGGGGGAGGGGGCACAAAAGUAAAUUUCUGCUUAGGGCACCCAUUUGGCCAGCAGCGGCCCUGUAUAAGUGCAUGAUAUUUGAAACUCCAGUGAAACAAAAAACACUUCUAAGGUGCAAGGGAUGUAUUGUCAUUCAAUGCAUUCUAUAGCCCAAAGCUUGUGUAAAAAUAAAAUAAAUGGUAUUAUCCACAUGGGUAAUUCUGUGAUACCAGUAUUCUGUAACUAGAAGGCUGCAAUGCCUAUUUUGGGUCCUGCUCCAUUGGCUGAAAUACACAAAUGGAGUAAAGUACCAUGUGUGGAGAGGCUGGAAAAGUCCAUCAGUUGAGGACCAGGUUGUGGGUGUGGUCCUGUUCUGACAGGUCUGACCCUACCAUUUAAUUGGACUGUAGGUGUAGGGUCAUUAUGAUUGGAUUGGCCCAAUGGUUUACUUCCUGUGUAUAGCCAGCUUUAGAUCAUGUGUAUUUCUAGACAUUCCCCCAAAUGUCCUUCAAAAGAAACUUUAUGUAAACAUCAUACUUUGUAAAAAAAAAAAAAAAAAAAAGCCACAUUCUCACAAGAACAAGUUACAUGAACAUUAUGUUUAAAUGCGUUUGUGGCAUUUUAAUUUUCCUUUGCACACUUUGUUUUGCUCAUAGUGUAUGUUCUAGCCUGUAUCUGGCACUUUAACCUUACAUUUCCAUGGAACUAGAUAAAAUGCAAUGUUGAUCUUCCAGAAGAUUGUUACCAGAUUCAAGAAGGUGUAAUAGUGUUGUGCAGACUGUGGCUUUAGGUUUGUUUUGGUAAUAAGACUGAGCUUUGUUUUAGGUCUUUGUGAAACCUUUCUAAAUGGAGGUCGGGUCUGGCCCCGCCAGUCCCUCAAGGUUAAUGCACUUUUAAUUCUGAAUAUACUUUGAUUAUCAUU